AUGGAGGAAAAUCCUAACUCAAGCCAUGCAGAGAAGGAGGAUCUCAUUGUUGCCUUGCACAUUGGCCCUCCUGAUUGCACCAAUGGCUCUAUGAAUUCAUGUAUUGAUGUUCACAAGAGAGAUGCAGCUGCCAAGUAUUGGAUACCAAGUCCUGCACAAAUACUCGUCGGCUUCACCAAUUUUCCCUGUACUAUCUGCAAUAAAACAUUCAAUCGCUACAACAAUCUUCAGAUGCACAUGUGGGGUCAUGGUUCACAGUAUCGCAAAGGUCCCGAGUCUUUGAAGGGAAAGCAGCCACGAGCCAUGUUAGGCAUUCCAUGCUACUGCUGUGAAGAAGGGUGUAAGAACAACAUAAAACACCCAAGAGCCAAGCCCCUGAAAGACUUCAGAACACUUCAAACCCACUACAAGAGGAAGCACAGCUUGAAGCGCUUUGCGUGUCGCAAGUGUGGGAAGUGGUUGGCCGUGAAAGGUGACUGGAGAACCCAUGAGAAGAACUGUGGUAUACGUUGGGUUUGUGUGUGUGGUUCUGAUUUCAAGCACAAGAGGUCUCUCAGAGACCACAUCACAUCUUUUGGCAAUGGUCAUUCCCCUUUUGUUUCUACAUUUGAUGGGGUUGAGACACAUGAGAGUUCUAUGAAUUCUCUUUCCAUUUCCAUAGAACUCUGUAUCAAUUAG